CGUCAUUACUUCCGGCUGGUAAACAUCUCCAAGAGGUAUAGAGAGAACAAGCAAGAGUUUCUCUAUAAGUAUCCUCUUAUCCUCUUCCUCAACGUCAACUCUCAGACUUGUCCUCACACACCAGUCUUUUCAUCAAACCACUCUUUACCUCAUACAUCCAAGCCUUUCGCUUCAUCCCACAAAAUGAAGAUCUUCACUCUCCUCGUGCCUCUUCUCUCCGCACCACUGGCCUUCGCCGCCCCUGGCGACUACGGCUAUGGCUAUGGAAACACCAAGACCGUGACGGCCACCGUCACUGUCACGAAAAACUACCCCCAACCUCCUGUCACCAAGACCAAGACCUUGACAGUGACCCAGCCCGCCGUCACCAAGACCAAGACGAUCUACAGGCACAAGCCCCCGGUCACCAAGACCGUCACCGUCACCCAGCCUCCCGUCACUGUGACCAAGCCCCCGGUUACCGUGACCAAGCCUCCCGUCACUAUCACCAAGCCCCCAGUGACCAAGACCGAGACCGUGUACAAGCACAAGACCAAGACUGUCACUGUGACGCAGCCCGCGAUCACCAAGACCAAGACCGUCACCGUCACAAAGACCGUCACCGAGUAUCCUCGCAAGACCUACGAGAAGCCCGGCUAUGGCAACCCUGGCUAUGGCAACCCCGGCUACGGUGGCGGCAAGGACAAGGACAAGGACGGAGACUACUAA